AUGGGAUGCGAUAAUAAUCCAACAAUAGCGUUUUUUCUUGUUGCACUUACAGUAGUGUGGCUGUCUUUCACAAUCUGAUGAAUGAUUAAUACUUGGUCCAAAAAUAAACGCUUCACCAAGCCCCUUCAAAGAAUUAUGAUUCUAUUGCUUAUUUUCAAGACCCUCUGCAGUUUCUUCUCCUUUCUUUAUUAUAUCUCAUGUGAAGGAUCAUCUGAAAGUGCAUAUUGGAGCUUAGCAGCUACUUCUGCUUAUACAUUAUACAACACUUUUAUAUUUGUGAUACUUAUAUUGAUCAGUAAAGGUUUUGGAAUAACCAGAGAUGUCCUUGACAGGCAAGAAGUUACAGUAGUCGCUAUGACUAUGGGAGCUGUAUAUUUAGGAUAUAGCGCGUACGUUAUUAACCCAAACGAGCUGGUUAUUGUUUUGAUAGCUAUGCUUAUUGCAUUAUUUUACCUCACUGUCAAAUAUUCAUUCAUUAACAUCAAAGCUUUACAAGUAAAACUUGGAUAUUUAAUCAGUGAAAAUGUCUUUCAAAUAAUCCCAGUGGUCAGGCAAAAAAUUUCGAUGCUCAAAGCCUUUGUAAUUUUGGCAUAUUUUUACUUUGCACAGAACAUAUUCACAAUAGUAUUUUUGGUGUUGGGAAUUCAGCUGAUUUAUACUCCUGACCGCUCGUAUAGAAAUGGGAUUGAUAUUUUUUCUGAAAUCUGUGACACUAUAGCUUUGUUUUGGAUUAUGUAUAUUUUCAGGUCGAAAGAUAGAGGAGUUUAUUUCAAUAUUUUGGUGAUUGGAAAUGAUGCCCCUGCACAGUCUUUGCCACCGUUUUUGAAAGCUGAAAUUCCUAAUAGUAACGAUGAAGAAGAAUUAGGAAACUACUCAAUAGUGGUAUUUUGUCCUCAGGAACACGCGCAGGAGCUGAGUCGAGCGACAAGGGCGACGGCAACGCGCCGGGUGAGACGUGCAGCAAGGCCGGUGAAGCAGGAGUUGUUAGAAGGCUUGGACGGGGCUGACCCGUGCCAAGAUGGCUCGCCUACGUCAUCAGUUUGAUAAAAGUAAAACAUAUUUAGAUCACCCAUAUAGAAGGCUAAUGAUAGCUUCUCCAGUGCCAAGAGCCCCAAUAGAAAGAUUUGAAGAAGAAAAAGUUAAUUAG